AGAUUUACCCGAGACGAUCCAGAUUCAGAUUUUAAAAGUUGGGAGUUGCAAAGUUUUUCUUUAAUAUGGAAGAGUUAUAGGAGAAUUAUAAUACUCCAAAAUAUCGUUGUUGACCCAUAUCACAUUGAAGAAAGGCCAAUUGAAGUUAAUUGA